AUGCACGCGGAAUUUCAUCAUUCGGCGACGCCAUUCAAAGUCCUGCCAAAACAGUCUGCAAGUGAUACAGUGAUCAGCCACACGCUCCCGGUGCAUCGCUGCGGCAAGGACGUGGACACAAACGGAAUUAUGUGUGCAAACGUGGGCGGCGUCAAUUCAAAGCACAGUCACACGACACUCGCUCCCUCGGUGCAUCCCACGCCCCGCCUCAAAACGACCGCGACAAGCACCAAUCAGCAAAAUAAUGAGGCGGUGGAAACAACUUCCCUGCAGGCCCUUCAGGGCUCCACAGCAACGCCACCAACAGGAGCGUGCAGCCCUCUGCUUGCAGCAGUGCAGGCCUCUUUGCUCCUGGUCUCUCGGGGCGUUGAACACCUCCCCGACCAUCUCGCGCUCACAAAACAAGCCUCACGCAGACGCCAUUCACUUUUUCCGCGAAUGGUGUUGCCGCGCUCAAUUAUGUGCAAAUUAUCCACAAGUCAUCACCCAAAGUUUCUUUCCAUUGUGACAAACAAAAAAGAUAAUUUUUUUUUUAAAGUCAACAUAAAUACCACUUCGCCCUAG